CAAAAAAUGCUCUUGCUGACGUCAUUCCAUGACGUCACGGCGUACGAGGUACGCUUCCGACGAGCCAGCCGAAAAUGGCGGAGUAUCUGGCGUCCAUUUUCGGCACAGAGAAAGACAAGGUCAAUUGUUCCUUCUAUUUUAAAAUUGGAGCUUGCAGACAUGGAGACCGCUGCUCGAGAUUGCACAACAAACCCACUUUCAGCCAGACUAUUUUGAUACAAAACAUCUACCGGAACCCUCAGAACAGCGCACAGACGGCCGACGCGUCGCGCUGCGCCGUCAGUGAUGUGGAAAUGCAGGAGCACUAUGACGAGUUCUUUGAGGAGGUCUUCACGGAGAUGGAGGAAAAGUACGGGGAAGUAGAAGAGAUGAACAUUUGCGACAACUUGGGCGACCAUCUUGUUGGCAACGUCUACGUCAAGUUCCGUCGCGAAGAGGAUGCGGAAAAAGCUGUCCUGGACUUGAACAACCGCUGGUUCAACGCCCAGCCCGUCCACGCUGAGCUCUCCCCUGUCACUGACUUCAGGGAAGCUUGCUGCCGCCAAUACGAAAUGGGAGAGUGCACCCGAGGUGGCUUCUGCAACUUCAUGCACCUGAAACCUAUAUCGAGGGAACUUCGGCGAGAGUUGUACGGACGUCGUAGAAAAAGGCAACGCUCGCGUUCCCGGGACAGACGCUCCCGUUCGAAGGAUCGGCGGCGGGACCGUGAAAGACGGCGGUCGAGAGACAGAGAACGCUCAGGAAGGUUCUGAAGACCUCGACCAAAAGCCUCACAGUGGAAACGCUCAUUUCGACUUUUGGUGACUUCUUAUCGUGCUUUUCUUUCCUUCCUUUUUUUUUUACAAACGGCUGCUCGCUUUCUCAAUAAAACAGAUUUGUUACUCUGCUUUGUUUACUUCA